UAAACGAUUCCUUUUUGAUCAAUGCUUUUGUCGGGUUUAUAAGAUUCAUGAGUCGGUUAGUAUUUUUGAUCAUGUGGAAAAGUUCAGAAGUUUUUGUUUAUUAGUGAUUGGUUACAAUCGAACUUACUACAGAUUCAGAUCCUUGUGAUUCGCAGGUUUUCAGUUGAAGUAAAUCACCGCUCUUUUGAUAAAGUGAUGGAACCAAUGACGCUGGGUAGCCCGAGUGGAAGUCCUUUGCCAUCAACUGGUGGCUACCUCCCAUCGUUUCUCAUGGGUGAAACACCAACGACGCCGCGAACCAACACACUAUCUCCAACAAAAAGCAGAGCAUCGUUAGCAUUUACACAACUUUCUACAACAGGAGUAAGCGCACAGUCUCCAGACUUUGUGAACCGAACAACGUCUGGCUUGCAAUCAAAAUUUUCACUGGGAGGAUCCAACCUCAAUCAGUCUGGAAUGAAUCACAACACGAGUGUAUCAGGUCCGCCAACGCAAGGUUUGUUCGAUUCAUUUCGAAAUGAGAAACAACUUUUUCAAACUCCAACGAAAAGUUUCCUUGCACAUCAAAAUGUAUCUAGUCCCUCGACUCCUGUAUUCAAUCAAUCGGCCGCCGAUGCCCAACUCAAUCAUAGUGGAUUCAACGUUUCAAAAGUCAUGUCACCCAUUCCAGUGACUAGGGAAACAGAUUUCAUUCGCAAUACGUCUAUGGUUCCGCAAUUGUCGCAGUCUCAGGUCAAUUUAUCUCACGUUAAUAGUGGUAAAGACUACUGGAUAACAAUUUUUGGCUUCCCACAAUCCGCUUCAUCCAUGAUUUUAUCGCACUUUGCUCAAUGCGGAGCAAUAAUCGAUAAGUUUUUCGCCACACAGAAUGGAAAUUGGGUGCACAUAAGAUUCGCUUCUCGGUUGGAAUGCGAAAAAGCUUUGAACUACAAUGGUAAGGUUAUCGGUCAAAACCUAAUGAUAGGAGUACAAUAUUGCAACGAUCCCAUUAUCGUGGGGAAAGAAAAUAGUGCUGAGCGAAAAGAGUACUCUAUCAGCCGUGUGCGUUCCCUGUCGCAUGUUGCAUACAAAAAUGCACAACAUUCAACGGAUGUAAUUCCGAGUGCAUCAGCCCCGAAACGUAGUUCUGGGAUCGUAAAUAAAGCAAUGGAUCUUUUUUUUGGAUGGUAAUAAAAUAAAUUUAACUGUUGUCUAUUACGUUUCACACUUUUUAAUGUUAUUUUCAAUAUCGCAUAACUGUAUGAAGCAUAAUUUUACUCAAUAAUCGAUGCAAAAAGCGUUUAACACACUUGGUGUAAUAAAAUUUUAGUAUAUUGUAAAAUUAA